AUGAGUGUAGACGAUGGGAAUGAGACACCAGAGCCAAAUCCAUAUGGCAGUAAAGAUGCCAAACCACCUUACUCCUAUGCAUCUCUCAUUGCACAGGCAAUCAAUUCGACAAAUAACAAACGAAUGACUCUAAACGGUAUUUAUACCUACAUCACAACACACUAUCCGUAUUAUCAAAUGGCACAGAAUGGCUGGCAGAACUCGAUUCGACACAAUUUAUCUUUAAACAAAGCAUUUGUCAAGGUUCCGCGCGGGGACGCUGAGCCAGGCAAAGGGGCAUUUUGGACUAUUGACACAAGUGCGGAACCACAAUUUACAAAUGGGAUCUACAAGCGGAAUAAGAGA